GCAGGACAUUGUGAACGAGAAGGCGGCAUCCAUGGAGGAGUGCACGGCCUUUUGCGCCAAGCGGGACGAUUGCAAGGGCGCCACUUGGUAUAAUGUUGGCCCGCAGGGCACGGAUCUGAAUUAUUGUUGGUUGAAGAGUGCGAUGAAUGGUGAUACGCGGGACACGGCGGAUGCGCAGUCGGUGGAAAGGAUAUAACUGCUCUGCGCUUUACUUAUUUCGGUUGCUUUCGCCAAGGCGGUGGGUCGCCUUGGCUUGAGGACCGCAUUCUUCAUGUAUAUUGGCUUUGGUGUGUAGCAUAGCUCG